GAGACAAGGGCAAAGAAAUUUACAUUCGCGCAUACAUACAUACAAUUAAAAGAAUUAAAUUGCGCGACGCGGUUACGAGUGCAAUUUUCUGAAAGCGAUUGUCAAAGCGUCAUUGCCGCAUUUAAAUUGGAAAAUUUUGCCAACAAUCACGCGCUUCUAUCGCCUCCCUGUAGCCGGUCGACACAAAGGUGCAAGUGAAAAUUUUCCACGGCCCCAUAUUUUUUGCAGUGCGAGCAUCCGUAAAAUGUUGACCGUGUCCAAAGGCCCCAGCAAGAUUGUCGCCAAAACACGCCGAGGUGUACCGCAAAAUUAUGAGAAGCUGUUUGAAAUCAAGGAGAGCGGUCGCAGAUCAUCUGAUCUAAAUAGUCCGGAGAAGAAAAAUGCCCCACGUCCUGUCUUCAAAAAAUCGGCUUCCAAUGGACGACAAAUAGAAGAAGUUUCAUUAACACCGCAACAUGAGGAAAUUGUACAAUACAUCAAUGACUCUUGGAAUGUCAUUGUGGCGCAUAAUCCCUACGAUUCAGCGUUUGAUGGCAAUGGGAAUGCUCAACCGGCGGACUCCAACAACAACUCUGCCGGCUCAUCGAUCGCAUCCACCUCAACAUCAUCCGCUGCCUCAUCGGUGUGUACUUCACCACAACCGACCGCAUCGAUUUACUGCAUCGAACCGCCCAGCCCAGUGUUGAGCGAUUUCAAGCCAUUCGACUUAGUGACCUGGUGGUAUGAUCGCCUCUGUGAUGUAAAGAGCACGUGAAGUGUUACCAACUAAAAUGUAUGUGCGUGUGUGUGUGUGCGCGGGCGUGCGUGGGUGUGUGUGUGUGCAAGUAUGUGGCCAAAUAUUGUGAGACCAAGCACGUGCAACGAAGAGCAAUUGCGAUAAACAAAAACGAACAAAAUACAAAAAAAAAAAAUUAAGAAAUAUUUACUACUACCAAAAAGUUACCAAACUAAAAAUUGUAAAGCAUUCACAUUAGGAAAAUUGUAAAAACAUUUAGCCUGUUAGUCGCCGAAAUGCAGCAGCAGUAAUUAACAUACAUACAUAUGUACAUACAAACGAAACAUGUGUAAAUACAUACAAUGGCAUACGUAACAGAAAAUAGCUAGUAUUUACAUAGUUAAGGUUUUAUGUUUAGCAUACAAAAAAUUAUGCCUCUUAAAUUAUAAAGUUAGUUGUUACAGUUCUAAAGUAAUAAAUUUUACAUAACGAACUAUGUUAAUUUGUUAAUUUUCAAUUUAACGAAAGCAAAGAAAAUUGCAAUUAAGCAAUAACGAACAUUUUACGUGCUCACAAAUAUUGUAUAUAUAAAUGUUAAUGUACAUGCAUACAUUUAGAUAAAUAUUAAUGUACAUACAUAUAUGUAUAUGCAUAAAGCAGCUAAUAAAAUAGACAAGUAAUUAAAAUCCAAAUAUAACUAGGCACAUUUCUAUCAAUAAUCUACAAUACCAACAAAAUCUCCAAUGUUUUUCAUAUGAAUGUGUAUUUGUAAGCACAUACAUACAUACAUACAUAUAUACAUAUCGCUCAUUUGCUUCAAUAGUGCCAUAAUCCAAAACAGUACAAAAUCGAGUUAAGUAUGCAGAAGUGACUGCUACCUGUUCCUCUAUGGUGUGUAAAAAUUUCAUAGGUGUAACGAUUUGGUUUUAUGAGUUAUGACAGUAUCGAACUAAAUGAGCGAUAUGUGCAUAUGAGAAUCAAAAACAAACUUAUCUAACAGAAUGUUACGAGUUUUCCCAAUUGCAUUGAGCAAAGUAAUACCAACCAAUUAACUUGGCUGUAAGAUAAAUUAUGUACAUAAAUAUGUACAUACAUAUAUACAUGUGUACAAAGUAGUAAAAUAAGUACCCAUCGCUUAUUUACUAAAAGACUGUUAUAACUCUAAAACGAAAUAUUUGAGCAAAUGAUGCUGAAUUACUUGUUACAUAAAGUACGAGAUUGUGUAGUUUCCGCGUAAGAAGGCAAUAAUCAUCUCGUGUUCCUUCAUUUUGUGGGCAAAUUGAAAAAUUGAUAUGCGUCUCCUGAAAAUUUUAGUUUUUUGAGCUAUGACUGUCUUUUAGUAAAUUAUAUGUAAAUGCUUCAUACAAAAAUCGUAAAAUCAAACUUCCAUUGACAGAUAUUUUCUAAUGCCGAUUUCCACUGGUCAUUAAAUGACAAAACAUUUAAUGACAAAAAA